AUGAAACUACAAGGAAUAGCUAGUAUUUUCGUCUUAUAUUUACAUUUAACGACCUUAGUGAUCCAUCAGAUCUCAUAUAAGGGUAAUGUUGAUGCGGUCAUUACCUUACGAAAGAAUGGCUAUGAAGGAAUUGUACUGGCUAUAUCCGAACAAGUAGAAGAAAAGUCCUACUCAGACUUAAUCGACGUUUUAAACACUACACUGGCUCGAGCAUCUGUCUAUCUAUUUAGCGCGACCAAACAACGUGCUUAUUUCAAAGGUAUUACUAUUCUAAUACCUGAAACCUGGGAGGAUAACAGUAUAUAUGAACCGGCCACCAGUGAAACUUAUAACACAGCUGAUAUACGAGUAGAUUAUUAUCCAGGUGCAAGAUCAGCAACUAGAGCCAGAACUGUCGGUUUGACUCAAUGUGGUGGUUUUGGCCAAUAUAUCUUAAUAUCACCACAACGCUUCUAUAAGUUUGCUUGGUCGCCAGCUAGAAUGAUAGUCCAUGAAUGGGGUCAUUUACGUUACGGCCUAUUUGAUGAAUAUCCGUACUCGGUGGACGAAUUCUCUUACUUAAAUGAUGCCGGGGAAGUACAAGUAACUCGAUGCAACUCUCAAUUGCCCGGUGCUGUUUUCAAUAGACGCACCUAUGCGCCUUGCACUUAUCCAUACACGGCAGACUGUGUUUUUUUACCACAAAAUCCCAGCGUUCCAUCAGGAUCCAUCAUGUAUGAUCAUAAUAUUCCAUCUGUCCUUCACUUUUGCGACAGCAAUUCUGAUGAUCCUGCUACCUACCACAAUACUUUACCUAACAAUCGUCACAAUCGAUUAUGUCAAAUGCGUAGUGCUUGGGACAUUAUGAGACAAGGGGUCGAUUUUCGAAAUAAUGCAAAUCCACCGGCAAAUAUCAGUGAUACUAGGCCAUUAAUCAGACUUGUAAGAGCCAAAAAACCUCGUACAGUAUUGGUACUAGAUGUUUCAGGUAGUAUGCGCGGAAAACCAAUGGAGCAAUUGCAGCAAGCUGCAACAAACUUUCUACUUAAUGUAGCUCAGAAUGGAAGUUUUGUAGGGAUUAUAACAUUUUCCAGUGCUGCUUCCAUCCGUAGUAGCUUAGUUCAAAUUAAUGAUGAUGCGGAUCGGCAACGACUAAUUUUGCUACUGCCAUCUGGAGCUAGUGGUUCUACAAGUAUCGGAGCCGGAAUACAAGCGGGAGUUAAAAUAUUGAAGGCAUCUGUUGGAAACAAAUCACCCAGUGGUGGUACUUUAAUUGUCUUGUCAGAUGGGAGAGAAAAUCGAUCUCCGACUAUUGCAGAUGUCAAAAAGCAAGUGCUAGAUAACAAGAUUACGGUCCAAGGAAUAUCAUUUGGAUCUUUGGCAUCUGUAAAAUUGCAAUCGCUGUGCUAUGAAACUGGUGGUUUAUCAUUUUUCGUUCCUAACGAUGAUACAGCAAGAUUAGUCAAUGCGUUUACGACAAUAGCGGAAAAAAAUAAUUAUGGCCGAACGGCACCAGUAUCGCAGAUAUAUCUUAAAAAAUUUACUGUGGAAACCAAAAGCCCAUUUAACGACUCUAUUUCGCUGGAUGAUGGAAACAGCGUUGGUCUUGAGUUUACGUUCUUGUGGAUAUCGUCAAAUGCAAUAUACACUAUCACAGCUCCUGAUGGAACCACCUAUAAUGCAACAUCUGCCGAAUAUUCCACUUAUUCAGCCCGUAAACUUAGUCAAUUUACUUUUCCGGCCAGUUCCGUCAUGGUUGGAGAAUGGAAAUUCUCAGUAAAGUUGCUUUCUAGUCCAAGUAAACAAGAUAUUGUUGCUACCGUUACCUCUAAAGCAUCUCUCAAUGCUGACAGUGACCCUUUAAAACAACCCGUCAGCGUUGUUGUAACAGUAGACAAAUCUGCAAUUGUAUUCCCUAGCCCAGUACUGAUUACUGUCAACGUGCAAAAAGGUUAUUUAGCAGUGCUUAAUGCGGAAGUUAUGCUAACUAUUUCUACGCCAGUUAGCAAUAAAUUUGUUCUGCUACCAGCAAAUGAUAAAGCAUCAGGGGCUGAUUUAGUCAAGGAUGACGGUAUCUAUUCCGCAUUUUUUACACAAUUUAAUGCAAAUGGUCGCUACAGCAUUCAAGCACAAGUUAAAGCUGCUCAAAAUAAAUCAUUUAUCAAUUUUAACUAUGUCAUUGGUGUUGGCAGCUUACGAAAUGGCGGCCAGUUUGUUGUCAAUGGUAGCGAAAGUGCCGAAAAUGAUAACACUAAUUUUGCCAAUCUUGGCCUUAAUGAAUUUACUCGUAUUACCUCCGGUAGUCUAAUUGAAGUUUCAGAUUAUGUAAAAGGUGUCGACAAAAUCCCGCCAGCCAGAGUACAUGGCUUGGAAAUUACACAUAUCGAUUCCAAAAAUAUGACCAUAACUAUUUCAUUCCCAGCUCCCGGUGACGAUAUGGACACUGGCACAGCUUCCUCUUAUAUUAUCCGAUAUAGUGCAAAUUACAGCAUAUUUAUAAAUGACUUCCAAGCCGGAAUCGAACUAACAAAAAAUGAUUUUCUUAGUGAAAGUAGUAAUAUUUCAAGCCCAAUGCCUGCCGGUACUGUUGAACAAUUUGUAGUCCAUUUGCCCGAUGCGGCCUUUAAUAGACCAUAUACAUUUGCUUUACAAGCAUACGAUGAUGCUGGACUUGCUUCGCCAGUAUCCAACUAUGCUCAAGGAAGAUUUCAACCACAAAUUCCACCUGGAUCUGGUCUUACUGCUGGCCAGACGGCUGUUAAGAUAAUACUUAAUGUUAAUGCAUUACUUGAUUACGGCCAAAAGCCUCUUAGAAUUAUGUAG